GUCAGUCGGUAGUUCCAAUACUUGAACAAUUGGACAACGCAAAUGGGCCGCUACGAUCUUAAAGCUCUGCAGGAAGAUUUGAAAAAUGAACUGAAAAAUGGAAUAACAAAAGAUUCCGUGGAUAGGGUCAAACACCUAAUGUCUCAAUACAAGAGUUACCCCAAAGACUGGGAGGGGAAGGAAUUCUGGAGUGAUGAAAAAUACACAAGGACUUUGUUGGACAAAGGGAAUGGACUGUACAACCUUAUGAUACUGUGUUGGAACAAAAACCAGAAAAGCCCCAUACAUAAUCACGCCAACUCUCACUGCUUUAUGAAGACACUGAAGGGUGAGGUAUAUGAGGAGAUGUAUAAACAUCCGGAUGUGACGUCAUGUGGAUGUAAAAUGGAGAAGAUAGCGGAUAACGUAUACAAAGUCAACGAUGUAGCCCAUAUCACUGACGCAGACGGUCUUCAUCGCGUUGGAAACAGAAGUCACGUGGAAGGCGCAGUGACCCUUCACCUUUAUUUUCAACCCUUUUCUACCUGCCGUAAAUACGAGGACAACACGGGCAGAUACACAGAGGUGGCUAUGAAGUUUGACCAGUAUUUUAGCGACCAGUUUAGCUUUAUAUAA